AUGGGUGAUUUCGCGCUCAUCUCGAUGAACGGGGAUCGUGUGUUUAUAUCCCUCGACCCGGUCUUCACAUCUCAGUCGUUGUGGCUGCAGGCGGCGGAGGGCCUCGGCGAGCGCGAGGGUGUCGUACCGAUUGCCAGCACCGAAACACUGCACAACCUUGUUGAGUACAUGGCCUUUCAGGCCAAGCGUAUGGCUGGGGUUGCAGAGGGCGAGUGUAAGGGGGGGCAAACUGUGACAUUGCCUAUUUCAUGCACUACAUGUAGUGGAAGUGGGGGACUCGGGUACGACGUGCAUUCGCUACUCCCCGAUCAUGACAUCGCUUUUCUUGAUCGCUUUGGUGGAACAGGGGGCGUUUGGGAGGUCGAGCAACAGGAGAAGCUCAUGGAGUUGAUGGCUACUGCAGACUUUGUCGGCCACGGGCGGCUGAGUAGGUUAUGUGCCGUGUACAUUAGUUGUCGACUAAUGUCUGCCACGGAGUCGGACAUCUUGUCGUGGUUUUCGGUUUGUGGAGACCGGUGUGGUGGCGUCGCUAGUGCGGAUCCGGAAGCGGAUGAUGGCAACCGCGCGGGUGAGAGGGUUCUUAGGGAUGCCGAGCGCUUGCGCAUUCUAAAUCAAAUGAGGAAAUACAUUGAGAUUGAGGAUUAA